UUGACGAACGGCUUCGGAGACGGCGUUAUACGAGGCCGACGCCCCCGCCCUUCCCUAACGGCUGGAUUCCAGUGAUGGAAUCGACCGAGCUGGCUGUAGGACAGGUCAAACGCCUCGACGUCUUCGGCGAAGACCUUGUCGCUUUCCGCACUGAUGAUGGAGUUGCACACGUACUGGACGCCUAUUGCCCGCACCUGGGCGCUCACCUUGGAGUCAUGGGGCGAGUGGUGGGAGACUGCAUCGAGUGCCCGUUCCACGGAUGGAGAUUUCAGGGGGAUACCGGAGCCUGCACACACGUUCCCUACGCCUCGAAAGUGCCCGAGUUUGUCAAGAUCAAGAAGUGGACUACGGAGGAGGUCUUGGGCCUGCUCUUCGUCUGGUACCACGCCGAGUCGGAGCCGCCAUCGUGGCGCGUCAGUGACGUGCCCGAGGUGGCCUCUAUCGACAGCAGCGCAUCGGCGCGGUGGCGCGCCGAAAACCACAUCUCGUGCCACAUCCAGGAGCUCGCCGAGAACGCGGCCGACGUGGCACAUUUCGACUUCCUGCACGGUCCUUCUUUUCUCGCCACGGGCGAGAAUUUCUUCGAGCAGGACGAGACAACCAUGCGUGGUAGCCUGUUGCGCCACUUUUGGCAGACCAACUGGGAGCCUCGGGACCACACGGCGCAAAUCAACGUGGUGUGCCGUACGUCGUCGCCGCUGCGCUGGUUAUCCCGAUACAACGAGUAUCGCUUCUGCGUCACCCAGAUCGGACCAGCGCUCGUGGUGACCACAAUGCGCACCGCCUUUGGCAACGUCGGCUACGUGCUCUCAUUGACACCCAUGAAGCCCUUCCACGUGCGCGCCGUGCACCGUUACUUCCCGGAUCGCAGCAUGCCACGCAUAUUUUUCUGGAUCUUCAUUUGGGCCUCCAAGGGCAUGUUUGAGAGGGACAUAUUCGUGUGGAACCACAAGUCAUACAUGAAGAGCCCAGCGUUGGUUAAGGAAGACAGAACGAUCAUGGCCUUCCGGAAGUGGUUCGCCCAGUUCUACAGCCCGAACAGUCUUUCUUGGAAAGACGUGCGGGACAAGACGCUACAGUGGUGAUCUGGCCUGCAGCGACUGCUCGAUGUAUCACAGUAGCAGUGGAUAUGACUGCGCAUACGAGAAAAAAGAGAGCUCACGCAAAAUGGACGUCUUUCUGCCACCACGGCACGCUCGAGGAGUACUUUGUGGAGAAUUGAGCCCAAGCUGGAGGCAGGUCUAGCUGGACUUUAGCAGCAAGAUGCCACAACUCAACGAGACUGUGUGGUUUUUCUUUUCUUUUUUUUUCGAGUGAAGGAAUGCACCGUCCUCCCACAAGCUUCAAUUAUCACGUUCGGAGCGCUACAUGCAUGCCAUCUGCCAUCAUCUGGCACGACGAGCGUCGUGCUGAAGACCCAUUUUGUUGCAAGCGUCCGCCGAAGAACGCACUUGUAGGUCAUUUCCGCGGUUUGGACAGCUUCUGUGUGUGUUUUCUUUAUUAUUUUCUUCCUUGCUUUUGGCAGCGCAGUGAGCUGGCCGAGUUCACAGCAAGAGUUGCCUCUCUUUCGGAAAGAAAGACGGAAAGGGAAUGUUUGCUUGUGUGUACAAAUUGGUUCCACGAAGGAACUUGAAAGGGUAAUGGAGCAGCUCUCUGGCAUAAGUUGCUUGGGAAGGUUGCUCGACUGCAUAUAUAUAUAUAUAUAUAUAUAUAUAUUUCUGGCGCAUCGCUACUCCUGCAACUGUUGUCCUUUGUGCUUGGCAGUUGCGACCGUCAAUGGUUACUGUUUCGUCAGGCAGGGAAUCAACGGGGACAUUACAGCCACUGUAACGCCCGAACAGACUGCCCGUCAAUCCGCGGAAACGCGAAGGUUGGGUUGGGUCGAUCGUCCCCCUCUUAUGAAAGCUGCUGGGUUCCAUUACAUUCGCAUAGCUGUGGUUUUGCAACAGGAAUAAUGUCUACCUAUUGACUUUCAUUCUAAAAUCGUUAGCGAGAAAGUUCGGUGCUGCAGUCACCCAGCCAUCCUGGCAGUUGUGGGUAGUUCAUGAGGUUCUUUUUUUUAAAUAACAUUCGGUGGCAUCUUCUAUUGUUCCUUGAGUCACAGUCGGUUGCAUGCUCCCCAAAGCACAAUGUUUCCUUCGAUCGGCUGAGUGUAUUACGUUCACGACUAUGUCUUUCAAUCACGUGAUUUCCAGUGCACAAAAAGCCUUGAUGCUUUUGAAUGGGACAUAUUUGCAGUAAAAUUCACCGAGGAUGAUUAUAUUUACAGUUUACCCCACUUAUACCUUUAACUAAUGUUGUGAAAACAGUACUAUGGUGUAGCUUGGAGGUGAAACGAGGCUAAUCAUUGCCGUUGAAUGCAAGACAAGACAUGCCCAUGGCCACGGACAAGCCAUGGUUUCCAUGCUGGACUCGACGUUGUACUGACGGUGCAUGCAGACACGGGUGCCAGGUGCCUCUCUAGUAGCUUUAGUAUGAAACUCUGUGGACAUACACAUACACUGUGCCAGCAACAAAUGAGCGACAUCUUGGGCAGCCAUCUGGACAGUCUAUAUUUAUUUCUUAAA